UGAGGAAGUUCUGAUCCGGGGAGUGGAGAUUUGUUUGAGACUCCCGCUGCCGCCGCCAUGCCGUCCACGUCCAAGACCCUGUACUUCACCUCCAGUGCCCUGGCCACGGCCAUAUCGGUGGGAAUAUUGGGCUUCGCCAUGUCCACAGAGUGGGCGACCAAGACCAUGAUCUGCGCCCGGGGAACAGGCAACUUCUUUAACGGCUCGGCCACCAUCACGCUGGAGCUUUUUGACGCCAAGCUGGAGAGAGACAUUUGUCCCCUGUUCGGACCCCCUGUGGACUUCCCAGUGUUUCCAAAGCUGAUAGAAACCAAAGGCGUCCCUGUGGUUCUGCACGGAGUGUCCUUGGUUCUGCUGGUGUUGUGUCUGCUGUCGUCGACCAUCAGCAUCCUGGUGUCGCUCUACAACAGCGUCAGUAACCCCUACGAGACCUACAUGGGGCCCGUGGCCAUCUACACCUGCAGCUCUAUCAGCGCGUGUUUGUCCUUCCUGGUCCUCGUCCUUUUCGUGGCCAACUUCCUGGCGACCACCAUAGCCGAGGACCUGGUGAGGAGCUUCGCCGAGAACGUCCCGGUGGAGCUGAGGAUCACCUCGUCCCAGAUGCAGCUGGGCUACUUCCUGCUCAUCCCGUACACGGUGCUCUCGCUGCUCGCCGUCGCCCUCAUCUACGCCUACGACCACGCCGCCUACACCCAGCGGCGGGAGCAGCAGAGGCCCACGGAGGACGCGCCCAAGGAGAUCAUGAUGUAUUAGGACGCCCGCGCUAUUUAAGUCGCUUACAGCGUGUAUGUAUGUAUGUACAGUCAAUGUUCUGGAAAGGGGGCGGGGCUAUGUUGAUGCCGUCUGCUUCCUGGGGAAAUUACGUGCAGAAUGAACCAAAAAAGGAACUCUAUAGCAGUGUCUUUUAAGCCGAAGCACAUUUUUUUAUUGAAAAAAAUGCAGAAAUCAUUAAAGGGGAACAUUAUCACCAGACUUAUGUAAGCGUCAAUAUAUACUUUGAUGCUGCAGAAAAAAGACCGUAUGUUUUUUUAACCAAUUUCCGAACUCUAAAAGGGUGAAUUUGGUCGAUUGAAGCGCCUUUCGAUUGUUCGCCGUCGGAGCGAUGACCUCUCACCCGUGACGUCACAACGGGAAGCAAUCCGCCAUUUUCUCAAACACAUGACACACUCCAAGUCAAAUCAGCUCUGUUAUUUUCCGUUUUUUCGACUGUUUUCCGUACCUUGGAGACAUCCACCAACAACACCCGUUGACUUACGAGGAGUGUGCUAAUCAGACAGUUUCUCACUACAUGACUGGAAGCUAAUCGAUGCUAACAUGCUAUUUAGGCUAGCGGUAUGUACAUUUGUAGCGAUAUUUUCAUCCAGCCUUUCCCUCCGCCCACAUUUAAUGCCAAACAAACACAUACCCAUCGACGGAUUCAAGUUGCACCAGUGGUCAAAAGAUGCGAAAGUCCCCCGUUUGUUCUGCACACCUUACCGACGAUAGCGAUGCUAUAACAGAGAUGUGUGGAUAUCCUGCGAUACUCAAAGCAGAUGCAUUUCCAUACGAUAAAGUCAACGAAAUCACAAAGGUGAGUUUUGUUGAUGUUAUUGACUUAUGUGCUAACCAGACAUAUUUGCUCACCGCAUGACUGGAAGCUAAUCGAUGCCAACAUGCUAUUUAGGCUAGCUGUAUGUAUAUUUGUAGCGAUAUUUGCAUCCAGCCUUUCCCUCCACCCACAUGUAAUGCCAAACAAACACAUCCCAAUCGACGGAUUCAAGUUGCACCAGUGGUCAAAAGAUGCGAAAGUCCCUCGUUUGUUCUCCACAUUUUACCGACGAUAGCGAUGCUACGACAGAGAUGUGUGGAUAUCCUGCGAUACUCAAAGCAGAUGCAUUUCCAUACGAUAAAGUCAACGAAAUCACAAAGGUGAUUUUUGUUGAUGUUAUUGACUUAUGUGCUAACCAGAAAUAUUUACUCACGGCAUGACUGCAAGCUAAUCGAUGCUAACAUGCUAUUUAGGCUAGCUGUAUGUACAUUUGUAGCGAUAUUUUCAUCCUGCCUUUCCCUCCGCCCACAUUUAAUGCCAAACAAACACAUACCCAUCGACGGAUUCAAGUUGCACCAGUGGUCAAAAGAUGCGAAAGUCCCUCGUUUGUUCUCCACAUUUUACCGACAAUAGCGAUGCUACGACAGAGAUGUGUGGAUAUCCUGCGACACUCAAAGCAGAUGCAUUUCCAUACGAUAAAGUCAACAAAAUCACAAAGGUGAGUUUUGUUGAUGUAAUUGACUUAUGUGCCGAUCAGACAUACUUGCUCACGGCAUGACUGGAAGAUAAUCGAUGCUAACAUGCUAUUUAGGCUAGCUGUAUGUACAUAUUGCAUCAUUAUGCCUCAUUUGUAGCUAUAUUUGCAUCCAGCCUUUCCCUCCACCCACAUUUAAUGCCAAACAAACACAUACCAAUCGACGGAUUCAAGUUGCACCAGUGGUCAAAAGAUGCGAAAGUCCCCCGUUUGUUCUGCACAUUUUACCGACGAUAGCGAUGCUACGACAGAGAUGUGUGGAUAUCCUGCGAUACUCAAAGCAGAUGCAUUUCCAUACGAUAAAGUCAACGAAAUCACAAAGGUGAGUUUUGUUGAUGUUAUUGACUUAUGUGCUAAUCAGACAUAUUUGCUCACGGCAUGACUGGAAGCUAAUCGAUGCUAACAUGCUAUUUAGGCUAGCUGUAUGUACAUAUUGCAUCAUUAUGCCUCAUUUGUAGCUAUAUUUGCAUCCAGCCUUUCCCUCCGCCCACAUUUAAUGCCAAACAAACACAUACCAAUCGACGGAUUCAAGUUGCACCAGUGGUCAAAAGACGCGAAAGUCCCUCGUUUGUUCUGCACAUUUUACCGACGAUAGCGAUGCUACGACAAAGAUAGCACAUAAAUGUGUGGAUAUCCUGCGACACUCAAAGCAGAUGCAUUUCCAUACGAUAAAGUCAACGAAAUCACAAAGGUGAGUUUUGUUGAUGUUAUUGACUUAUGUGCUAAUCAGACAUAUUUGCUCACGGCAUGACUGGAAGCUAAUCGAUGCUAACAUGCUAUUUAGGCUAGCUGUAUGUACAUAUUGCAUCAUUAUGCCUCAUUUGUAGCUAUAUUUGCAUCCAGCCUUUCCCUCCGCCCACAUUUAAUGCCAAACAAACACAUACAUACAUAAUUAAGGUACUUAAUUAAUUAAUUUACACACUAUAAUACAAAACAGGGAAAACAAAGGGCGUGCUCAGUGGUGGAUAAUAAUCUAGACUAAACUCAAAACAAAACAGCACAAUGGCAUGACUAUAUACAAAUAAACAAAAUAUACUAUCAACGGUACAAAACAAAACAAAACCUUGCACAAAGGCAUAAAUACAAAUAAGAUCUUACGUGGCGUGGUCAAAACAAUAAUCAGCGUGGCAAGGAAAGGUAGAUGCGUGGUCUUGAGGGUUCGAUACAAAGUCCGGUAGGUAAAGCAGGUACGUAAGUAGCAUGUAAAGUUCCCAGGACGAGGACAGGGACAGAAUGGCUUAAAUAAUGACUAUGAUGAUUAGUGACAGGUGUGAGGCUGAGGACAGGAGCGUGACUUGUUGACAAGGUGGAAACUAAUGAGUAACUAUGGAAACAAACAAAACUAGAAAAUGCAAAAUGGGAAACAAGAGACCAAAAACAAAACAUAAACCCGGAUUAACAGGCAUGACAUUUAAUAAGUAGGACACUUUUGUAUCCCCAGUUAUUUUACUGUGAUUUGUUUUUAAGUGUCAUUGCUCCAAAAAUAAUAAUGAAUCAAAAUCCAAAAUUAAGGCUCCAAUUAUUAUAUAAUCUCAAAUAUUCCACCUAAAAAAGUUAUUGGGUGAAAAUAUUGCAUAUUUUGUGUUUUUUUCCAUUUUUUUUUUCCAAUGUUGAUCUAGAGAUUUAAAACUUGCAUAAUGGUAAAAAAUUAUAAUACUGAAUAAUGACACAUUUUUAAUUUUUUUUUUUGACCAAAACCCUUUGGGGAUCAUAACUGAG